AUGAAAUCUCUAACACUGCGUUGCGGAGCGACUAAAAACUCAUCAUUGGAAGUGACUUCCAUCUACUCGACCAUCAUUCCAUCCUUCAAACGGGUCUACACCCUAAAUUCUGGUCCCACCCACCAAGGUCACACGUUUCCGCACAUCAUCUUGGAGUGGUUGCUGCUCCUCCACCAACUAACUCAACAUCGCGAAACAACACCCCAAGCCUUCACUAACAGUAAGCGUGGAAGCAAAGCCAUGUGGGACCAAGUCAACAAGUUCAUAGACUUUGACAAAUCGUUCAACACGUCAACCUCACAGCAAAUUGAUGCCAACACAGUCAACACCAACUGCUUCCAUGUCAACCGACCCGUCCUACAAAACUCCACCAACAAAAGCAACAAUAGUCAAUAG